AUGAUGAUAAGGUCAUUAAACCAGCAGCUGAAUCAGAGCUCAAUCAAACCGGAUGCAAGACUUCAACAAGACCCGAAAGGACAUUUGUUCACUGUUCGAUGCAGUGCCGACCCCUUGGGAAGAGUUUAUCAGUUGGUUAGACAGAACCAAUUCAAUGGCCUUCCAGCCGAGCAUCCUCUUGAUCACAUAGAAAACUUUGAAGAGAUUUGCAGCACUACAAGAUCCAAUGGAGUCUCUGCUGACUACUUGAAGUGCAAGCUCUUUUCAUUCUCUCUUGGCGACAAAGCUUCAAGAUGGUUGAAGUCUCUGCCAGCUCACUCCAUUACCACUUGGGAUGAGUACAAGGCCGCUUUCAUCAACCACUUCUACACCAAGCAAAGAUCAGUUUCUGUAAGGAACAAGAUCUCCAACUUUCGCCAAGCCAACAAUGAAUCUUUCUAUGAGGCGCUAGACCGAUUCAAGGAGUACAUUAGGGACUGCCCUAAUCAUGGUUUCAAUGAGGGAAACCUAUGGAACAUCUUCUAUCGUGGCAUAGACCACAAGUACAAGCUUUCAUUGGACACUGCAAGCAAUGGAAACUUCAUGACCAAGACUGUUGAUGAAGCUAAGGUUCUUAUUGAGAAUCUUGCAGCUAGUGAUUGUAACAACUGUCCUGAUUAUGACCGCUCAAGCCGCACCACUACUAGCUCCCCUGAUUCUUUUCAAAUGACUGAACUCAAGAACAUGAUGGCUCAAGUUCUUAAGGGACAGCUCAAGCAUAUCAAUGCAAUAGAAGGGAUGAGUGAUGCUAAUGAAGACCCAUCAAGAGAAUGCAUGGGAGAUUUCUCUAAUGAAGCCAAUGAAGAAGAUGUGAACUACAUUGGAAACUAUGGGAACAAGGGAUACAAUCCAAGCUAUCGCCCAAACCCCAACAUGUCUUAUAGAAACCCCAAUGUGGAGAAUCCUCAAGACCAAGUGUAUCCUCCAAGGUAUCCACAACAACAAAGACCUCCUUACCAAUCUCAAGGAAGUCAAUUUCAGCCAAGGCAAGGGUAUGAGCAGAGAUCAUCAUAUCCGCCCAAGGAGCCAUAUGCUUCUUCACCAAAUCAAGCUCCUCCAAACCAACAAGGUGGAAGAUUUGAAGGAAUCCUCCAACAGAUCAUGGAUGGCCAGAAAAGAAAUACAAAGAGAUGUAUGAGAAGAUGGACACUUUGUUCAGCAAUCUCAACACCAAGUAUGAUGCUGUUGCCACUCAUGUGA